GCCCAUUAUAAGACAGUCUUGCUUGCCCGCAGAGGAAGCUAGACGAAGAAAGAUCGGCGGAAGAAAAACAAUGGAGUCUCCGAAGAAGAUAGCUCAUGAGAUCGGCGGUGUCAAGAGAGACGCUCUUCGAUUCGGUCUCAACGGCGUGAAGAGCGACAUCGUCGGAUCUCACCCACUCGAAUCCUCUUACGAAUCUGGAAAGAGAUCGCACGAGGCGACGAAGAGGACGAUCAUUGGGCACACCUACGGGUCUGCACUUCCUUUGAAGAUGGAUAUGGACAGGCAAAUUCUCUCACGGUUUCAAAGACCUCCUGGGCCAAUUCCAUCGUCAAUGCUCGGGUUAGAAGUCUACACAGGAGCCAUUGAUAACUUUGGUUUUGAGGAUUACUUGAAUGAUCCUCGUGACUCGGAGAUAUUCAAGCCCGUAGACUUCCACCACGGGAUGGAAGUUCGUCUUGGCAUCUCAAAGGGCCCCGUUGCCCCAAGUUUCAUGUAAGGCCCGCCCCCUCAUGGGUGGGUUUUGUUGGAUGUUCCCGUCAUUUUAGCUUUUGAUUGAUAAUGAAUCCAAGUGUAUGACUUCUAUUCUCUCUUGACCUUAAGUUUGAAAUCAGAUGAAACUGGGCAAUGAAUAUGUUCGAUUAAUUCUACUAUGCUGAUUCCAACAAA